CACUCACCGCCACCAUAAGUUCGUGGAACAGGUGUCUUGAGCGGCUUGCCAGUUGGAUCAUCUCUCCAGUAUCUCUACACUCUUUCAAAUUUCUCAAUGGCGCCUAAGAACGUUCCCACUGCCGAGGAGCAGCUGAUCGCGGAGCCCCAAGGCGGGGCGCCAAAUUCUCCCCCAGAUCUCCGCUUCUUGCACUACAAUGAUGUUUACCACAUCGAAGCCGGAAGUCAGGAGCCUGUCGGUGGCUACCCUCGCUUUCAGACCUUGAUCAACUACUACAAAAAUGAUGCUCGGUUUGAUGGGCAGCCAGAAGCUUUGACCUUCUUCUCUGGAGAUGCUUUUAACCCUAGCAUCGAGAGCAGCAUCACAAAAGGUAGCCACAUGGUGCCAGUACUGAAUACGCUAGGCACUGACGUUGCUUGCGUUGGAAACCACGACCUUGACUUUGGUGUGAAGCAGUACCGAUAUUUGACAUCAAAAUGCAAGUUCCCAUGGCUCCUUGCCAAUGUUCUCGACCCAGCCCUUGGCGAGAAUGUGUCUCUUGGAAAUGCAAAGAAGACUGUCAUGCUCACUUCGUCAAACGGCAUCAAGGUUGGUGUCAUUGGGCUGGCAGAACGAGAAUGGCUCGACACCAUCAACGCACUACCCCCUGAUAUCAUUUACAAGAGCGCAUCAGCAACUGCAAAGGAGCUCAUUCCAGGACUGAAGGAGCAGGGCGCCGAGAUCAUUGUUUGCGUUGCCCAUCAAAGAGAACCGAACGACCUCAAGCUCGCUGAAAAUUGUGGAAGCGAGUACAUCGAUCUCAUCCUGGGUGGUCACGAUCACUACUACGCCUACAGUCUCAUCAAAGGCACACACGUACUGCGAUCAGGCACAGACUUCAAGCAGCUCUCACACAUCGACCUGUGGCGCAAGCCUGAUGGCAAAGGCUGGGACAUGAAGAUUGUACGACGCGAUGUCGUAAGCAGCAUCAAAGAAGAUGCCGCGGCACUGGAGUUGGUUGAUGAGCAAACGCGAGACAUCAAGAAGCGACUGGACAAGCCUGUUGGUUACACAGCUGCUCCGCUCGACGCUCGCUUUACGACUGUGAGAACAAAGGAGUCAAACAUUGGCAACUUUGUGUGCGACCUAAUGCGCUACUACUACUCAGCAGAAUGCUGUAUCAUGGCCGCCGGCACAAUACGCGGUGAUCAAGUGUAUCCUCCAGGUGUUCUCAAGCUGCGAGAUCUUAUCAACUGCUUCCCAUUCGAAGAUCCGGUAGUUGUCAUUAAGGUCACUGGAAAGCAAAUUACCGAAGCUCUGGAGAACGGUGUUAGCAACUACCCUGCCUUGGAAGGCAGGUACCCGCAAGUGUCGAACAUAACGUUCGAUGUCGACUACUCCAAGUCACCAAUGUCGAGAGUAUCAAAUGUUACGAUUGCCGGCGAGCCAGCGGAUAACGAGCGCGUCUAUGUGCUUGCUACCCGUGGCUACAUGGGGCGUGGCAAAGACGGCUACACGUCAUUGCUCAUCGAGGAAGAAGGAGGUACUGCUGUCGAAAUAGUCAGCGAGGAGAACGGUGUGCUUAUCUCGACGAUCUUGCGACAAUACUUCAUGUCGCUGAAGGUGCUCGGCAAGUGGAAGCGCUGGGGCGAAUCAAUGGACAAACGAUUCCUUAACAUCCAAACAAACCUUCAGAAGAAUCACAGCCACGGCUUCCACGAGGCAUCGCCGACAUCGCCCGUGGACAAAAAGAAGCCGCAAUUCCCAAGCCUCGAUGGAGUCACAGAGUCCGAGAGCGAUUCAGAAGACCCUGACGCUGAUGAAGAUGAAGACGACGGUGCGGAAUAUGACGCAAGCAGACCCAUCACAUUCAAUCAGCGCGAGCUGGAUCUUCUGAGGAGAUCGUUGCGCAAGUGGAUAAGGCUUGCGAAGUUGCAGGGCUCGGCAAAGCCUUGCGACGAGCUGGGCCAAGAGGAGAUCCAGGUCAAUUGGACCAAAGCGAUCGCACCCAGGCUAGAAGGCAGGAUCAACGACAUCACGCCCGCAGCAGCAUAGAUAGUCGUGCAAGUCCAGUCGAACGAGCCGAAUGUAGCUAUAGAAAAGAAACAAAUCAAAACGCACCAUCACGUGCGCGCGUUAUUCGAG